GUGGCAUCCAAGAAGGAAGCGACAUCAGUAUCUACUAUGACCCAAUGAUCUCCAAGGUCAGCCACUGUAUUCUCACUCAAACUGCCCAACACAAUCACAUUGUCCUAUCCAAUAUGUUUUACUUAUCUAGAAUGUCAAUGUCCCUCUGUGCUCGCCGUAGCUGGUGACCUAUGGCGCCACACGCGCUGAAGCCCUACAGAGGAUGGAGGACGCUCUGGAUAACUACGUCAUCAGAGGUAAGUCUCACACACACACACACACACACACACUGUUGCGUGUUAGUGCUUUCUGGAAGGUUCUUCAGUACCGCAAGGCUGCUAUGUUCUGUAGAGCUACACACAUGUAGAGGGUGCUGGAUCUCUGCCUGUCUCGUGACUGUUGUUCCUGUGUGACUGUCCAGGUGUGACCCACAACAUCCCCCUACUCAGAGAGAUCAUCACCCACCCUCGCUUCAUCUCCGGUGACAUCACCACUAACUUCCUGCCAGAGGAAUACCCAGAGGGGUUCAAAGGUCACCAGCUGACCUCCGAGGGUCGUAGGGAGCUCCUCGCCACCGCAGCCGCUCUCUACGUCUCCGCACAGCUCCGCUCCCAGAGGUUCCUGGGUAAUCUCAGGUAAAUUAAACCAAUUUAAAUAACUGAGAGGGAACUUCUUGUAUGAACUGGUAGUGGAAUAACGCUUAGAUAAAGCACCAUCUUGGUCAGGUUGUUAUUGUGAAAGAGAAUGUGUUCUCAAUGACUUACCUGGUUAAAUAAAGGUUAAUUCAAACAGAGAGGAGGUAAAAAACACCAAGAGGUUCUAGUUGACUUCAGAAAGAGCUAGAGCUCUCAUUGUUCCUCAUGUGUUAGUAUACUCCUUUAUUGUGCUGUUGGACUGUAUCUGAAUGUCCACUGUCUGUUUUACAGGGUUUAUUAUUGUGUUGUGUGUUUAAAGCAGUGUUUUACACUGGCUCAGUUCUGCAAUAUGUCAGCAGUUAACAGAGCUGUAUACUAGCAUAGAGUAGCAGUCUGUUGGUCAAACUGUUAGACCUCUCUCUCAGCGCUGCCAUCUGUCUAAACAUCUGCUCACAUUUUCUUCUCUUUCCUUUUCGGAUCAUUUCCUUUCGUUAUUCAUGAACCGCCGGGGGUCGGUCUUUGUAGUGGCAGUCAGUGGCAGAGGCCCCCCUCACCCCUCCUCCCUCACUCCUACCUUCCCCCUCUCUCCUCUCACCCCUCCUCCCCCCUCUCUCCUCCCUCCCCUCUCCCCCCUCCUCCCCCCUCUCUCCUCCCUCUCCUCUCACCCCUCCUCCCCCCUCUCUCCUCCCGAUCCCUCUCCCCCCUCCUCCCCCCUCUCUCCUCCCUCCCCUCUCACCCCUCCUCUCCCACCCCACCUAUCUCCUCCCUCACCCCUCCUCCCUCACCCCUCCUCUCCCCUCUCUCCCCCCUCCUCUCUCUCCUCCCUCACCCCUCCCCUCUCCUCCCUAACCCCUCCCUCCUCCUCCCUCCUCUCUCUCAGAGCAGGGAUAAACCAGACAGAUCCUUCUACAGUGGAGUAUUCCAGGGAGCAGGAUCAUUAAAGCAUCAACACUAUUGUUUAACCAUCUCAUUUUUUAUAAACAUAUCUCUUGAAUUUCUGGUUCAAAUCUAAACUUGUAUGUGUUGGAACUGUUGAUUAUGUUAGUUUAUACCAUGCUCAUUUCAAGUCUAUCUUUCUUUAUAAACGUUAUAUCCGAAUAUUUAGGAAUGUUGGCUAAAAGGUUAGCUGGCUAUGAUCUCCUUGGUUCAGCGUUGUAACAGACCAGCAGACUGGUCUCUGGUGUAGGGAGAGAGAGGAGGCAGCUGUCAGUCAGUGGAGGAGCUGACUCUAACUGUUUAUUCAGCUCCCUCUGACCCCCAGGGAAUAGCUCUCUGAGACUGAUCCUAAUGGGAAAGUGGUGUGUUUCAGGGUGUCCACCGCCCCCCAGGAACGGAGGCAGUGGGAGCUCUGUGUGGAGCUGGAGAAGGGAAUGCACACGGUCGCUGUGUCACGCUCUGGAUCCACGUUCACUGUGAGUGACGCGCACGCACGCGCACACACACACACACACACACACACACACACACACACACACACACACACACACACACACACACCCACACGCACGCACGCACGCACGCACGCACGCACGCACAGUGGGGUCUGAAAUUGACACCCUUGAUAAAGAUGAGCAAAAAUAACUGUAAAGUAAAUAAUUCAAAUACUGAGAUCUAUUUUAUGGAGAAAAUAAAAAUGUGGAAAUGAUAUUAUUUUAUACUAAUACAAUUGCUCAGAGAAAGACAUUUUGUUUAAAAAGUAUUUUUCUCUCAAAAGGUAGGGGUCAAAAUUAUUGACACCACCAUUUUUAAUACCUUUAAAUACAAAAUGACUUAAAUGUAAUAUCCUUCAUCUGCGCUUAUUGACUGACCUCUUCAAUUCAAACCACAGGUUUUCAAUGGGUUUCAAGUCCGGAGACUGAGAUGGCCAUUGCAAAAUGUUGAUUUUGUGGCCAAUUAACAAUUUCUUUGUGGAAAUUGAUGUGUCCUUGGGGUUAUUGUCUUGCUGGAAGAUCCACUUGUGGCCAAGUUUCAGCCUCCUGGCAGAGGCAACCAGGUUUCUGGCUAAAAUGUCCUGGUAGUGGGUAAAGUUCAUGAUGCCGUUGACCUUAACAAGGGCCCCAGGACCAGUGGAAGCAAAAUAGCCCCAUAACAUGAAAGAUCCACCACCAUAUUUUACAGUAGGUAUGGGGUUAUUUUCUGCUCAUGCGUUCUCAUUGACACCAAACCCACCGCUGGUUUGCGUGGACAAAGAGCUCUAUUUUCCUGUCCAACAAAUGUAGAGUUUGCUAAACGGCGUUGGCACUUGGAUUGGAACCGGUGAUGACAUGAAAAUAAAGUUAUUUGGCCAUGCACACCAGUGGUGGGUUUGGCGUCGAAAUGAGAAUGCAUGAGCAGAAAAUAACCUCAGUUUCCGGACUUGAAACCCAUUGAAAAUCUGUGGUUUGAAUUGAAGAGGUCAGUCCAUAAGCGCAGACGAAGGAUAUCAAGGAUCUGGAAGGAUUCUGUAUGGAGGAAUGGUCUAAAAUCCCUCCCAAUGUGUUCUCCAACUUAUAAAAUGUUUUAGAAAAAGGCUCAGUAUCCUUAUCCUCACAAGGUGAAGUAUUUAAAACAGUGGUGUCAUUAAUCUUGACUCCUACCUUAAAAAAAAUAUAUUUUUUAAAUAACUUGUUAAUAAAAAAACAAUUGUAUUAGUAUAAAAUAAUAUACUUCUCCUAUUUCUUUGCGUAUACAAUAUAGCUCACUAUUUGAGUUAGUUAUUUUAUACAGUCAUUUUUGCUCAUCUUUAUCAAUGGUGUCAAUCAUUUCGCACCCCACUGUACAUCCCUGUGGUUUGUGGUGAAGUGAAUAAAAGCAGUAGGCCCUUCUCUCUGUGAGGGGGCUUGAAUGUAGCUUAGGUCCAGGUGGUGGGGAGGGGGGAGGAGGGGUUGUCGCCGCCGACAGACAUCACUCGGUGCCCGGGUGUUUAGACACCUGCAGUCCCUGGUCAUGUGGGUGGGUGGUUGGUCUGGAUAUUGGUGCUGGGUGGUUUUCCCUGAACCAUGAUAACAUAUGCUCCUAAUCAGCCUCUCCUGGUCACCUAGAACCACUGAACCACACAUCAUACUAGGGGCCAGUACCCCCCAGGAAAGGCUGGUGCUGGAUACUGGGUCUUUCCCUGGUCCUCUAGUAGUAGAUACUGGGUCUUUCCCUGGUCCUCUAGUAGUGGAUACUGGGUCUUUCCCUGGUCCUCUAGUAGUGGAUACUGGGUCUUUCCCUGGUCCUCUCCUCUAGUAGUGGAUACUGGGUCUUUCCCUGGUCCUCUCUAGUAGUGGAUACUGGGUCUUUCCCUGGUCCUCUAGUAGUGGAUACUGGGUCUUUCCCUGGUCCUCUAGUAGUUGAUACUGGGUCUUUCCCUGGUCCUCUAGUAGUGGAUACUGGGUCUUUCGCUGAUCCUCUAGUAGUGGAUACUGGGUAUUUCCCUGAUCCUCUAGUAGUGGAUACUGGGUCUUUCCCUGGUCCUCUCCUCUAGUAGUGGAUACUGGGUCUUUCCCUGGUCCUCUCCUCUAGUAGUGGAUACUGGGUCUUUCCCUGGUCCUCUCUAGUAGUGGAUACUGGGUCUUUCCCUGGUCCUCUAGUAGUGGAUACUGGGUCUUUCCCUGGUCCUCUCUAGUAGUGGAUACUGGGUCUUUCCCUGGUCCUCUCUAGUAGUGGAUACUGGGUCUUUCCCUGGUCCUCUAGUAGUGGAUACUGGGUCUUUCCCUGGUCCUCUAGUAGUGGAUACUGGGUCUUUCCCUGGUCCUCUAGUAGUGGAUACUGGGUCUUUCCCUGGUCCUCUCUAGUAGUGGAUACUGGGUCUUUCCCUGGUCCUCUAGUAGUUGAUACUGGGUCUUUCCCUGAUCCUCUAGUAGUGGAUACUGGGUAUUUCCCGGUUCUCCCUCUAGUAGUGGAUACUGGGUUCUUUCCCUGGUCCUCUCCCUAGUAGUGGAUACUGGGGCUUUCCCUUGGUCCUCCUCCUCUAGUAGUGGAUACGAUGGGUCUUUCCCUGUCCUCGUCCGCUAGUAGUGAUACUGGGAAUCUUCCCUGGGUCCUCUCUAUGAUACUGGGUCUUUCCCUGGUCCUCUCCUCUAGUAGUGGAUACUGGGUCUUUCUCUGGUCCUCUCUAGUUGUGGAUACUGGGUCUUUCCCUGGUCCUCUCUAGUAGUGGAUACAUAUCAAACUGCAGUCUCUCCAAGCAUAUCAAACUGCAGUCUCUCCACUUAGGAAGCAAAUGUCUUGUAUCAGAAUAAUCAGUAGAGUGUAGUAAUUACAAUACUUUUCCUCUGACCCCCUGGCAGGUGGAGGUGGAUGGAGUUAAGGUGGAGGUUAGUGGAGAGUGGAACCUGGCCUCAGCCCUGCUGCCUGUCACCAUCAACAGAAUCCCCAGGGUUCUACAGUGUCUGUCUAGAGACGCAGGAGGAGAGAUCACUCUACAGUACCUGGGGACACAGGUGAGUCACCUCUCUUUCAUUCUGGUGAAUGUAUGACUUGUGUGUGUACAAGUGGUCGUGUGUGUGUUUCGUGUGUGUGUACACACAUUAGUAACGUUCCUCUUAUCUGUCGGGCCAAGUCGGUGUCAUUUCCCAGCCUACACAUCCCCAUCCAGCCUAUCCCCAGAUCCCCCCAGACCCCCCAGACUACAGAGAAUGUCAGGAAGAGAAGAUCAUCCGUUACGUUACAGAGGCUUUGAAAGGAGCCAGCUAUAAAUGGCUCUGUGCUGCUCACACCCUGGGGGGGGGGGGGGGCUUUGAACACAGGCUGCACAGGAACUUGUCACAGGGGGCGACAUCACUUCCCUUUCCUCCUUUAGGGACCUGGGGCUGAGCAAGGGGGGGUUCUGAUAGGUCCUGGGGGGGUUGGGAGGAGGUUGGGGAGUGGCUCAGUAAGUACCUGUGUCCUGUCCCCUGCUGCAUCAGGUGUUGGAGAGUAGGAGGCACCCCUGCAAAGCUGAGCUGCUUCCAGGCUUCCUCUCCUGGGACAUGGAAGACCUCUGUAUCCCCCUGUAUCCCUUAGCUCUCACUCAUCCUGGGUAUGUUCUUGUCUAGCUGGGGACAUGGAGUCACUCAGUAGUACAGGGUUCAGUAACAUCAAUAACCAGCUAGAAAAGAAAGGCAGCAGUAGUUCUACUGAUGCGCUCCAGGCCUGGACGUUGAACAGACUUUUGGUAGAGCUGGUCACAGAACAACACCUAGUUAACCUGGUUGGUUGACCCAUGUUGACCUGUAUCUGAACUGGGGUGACACAGUCAGUUAGUUACUGUUGUUUCCUGGGAAGGAAUCCUGUCAAAGCCUGCGUUUCCCCAGGCCGUCCCAACGCUCCCAUUCCCCACACUCCUGACUCUCCGGGUUACAGCCCUGAUUUACGAGUCCAGCUGGGUUUUCCCUCCCCGCUCCUGGUUUUCCAACAAGGGAGUGUCGGCCUUGGGAAACCAUGACUGUUUGUUUGGGGUAUCCUUUGGGGGUAUCCCGGCCAGUGGUUAUUUUAGUCACUAUGAUGGUGUUGUAAAGAAGAUGACCUGUUGUGUGUGUGUGUGUGUGUGGUUUGGAAAGAGUGCUAAAUACAGUCUUAUGAGUUCAUGGCAGGGGAGGGCACCAGGGGUGAGGAAGGUUAACAAACAAACAAGGAUGCAUGAGGUCAUUAACAUGGUGGGGGGCUUCCUGAUGUUGUUGUACUGUGACCUUCAUAUACAGGUCAGUGACUGGGACCAGCUACUAGUAGUGUUACUGGGACCUACCAAGUCAACCAGGACAAUGCUCCCUCUAGCCUAGACCAGUGUUAAGCCAGGACAAUGCUCCCCCUAGCCUAGACCAGUGUUAAGCCAGGACAAUGCUCCCUCUAGCCUAGACCAGUGUUAAGCCAGGACAAUGCUCCCCCUAGCCUAGACCAGUGUUAAGCCAGGACAAUGCUCCCUCUAUCCUAGACCAGUGUUAAGCCAGGACAAUGCCCCUCUAGCCAGACCAGUGUUAGCCCAAUGCUCCCCUCUAUCCUGACCAGUGUUAAGCCAGGACAAUGCUCCCUCUAUCCUAGACCAGUGUUAAGCCAGGACAAUGCUCCCUCUAUCCUAGACCAGUGUUAAGCCAGGACAAUGCUCCCUCUAUCCUAGACCAGUGUUAAGCCAGGACAAUGCUCCCUCUAUCCUAGACCAGUGUUCAGCCAGGACAAUGCUCCCUCUAGCCUAGACCAGUGUUCAGCCAGGACAAUGCUCCCUCUAGCCUAGACCAGUGUUCAGCCAGGACAAUGCUCCCUCUAGCCUAGACCAGUGUUCAGCCAGGACCAACAGUAAUCAGCCCCACCAGUGUGUUUCUAUUCACAAUUUUACACUGAACAGAAAUAUAAACGCAACAUGCAACAAUUUCAAAGAUUUUACUGAGUUACAAUUCAUAUAAGGAAAUCAGUCAAUUGGAAUAAAUUCAGUAGGCCCUAAUCUAUGGAUUUCACAUGACUGGGAAUACAGAUAUGCAUCUGUUGGUCACAGAUACCUUAAAAAAAACUUAGUGGCAAGGGAUCAGAAAACCAGUCAGUAUCUGGUGUGACCACCAUUUGCCUCAUGCAGCGCAACACAUCUCCUUCGCAUAGAGUUGAUCAGGCUGUUGAUUGUGGCCUGUGGAAUGUUGUCCCACUCCUCUUCAAUGGCUGUGCGAAAUUGCUGGAUAUUGGCGGGACCUGGAACACACUGUCGUACACGUCGAUCCAGAGCAUCCCAAACAUGCUCAAUGGGUGACAUGUCUGGUGAGUAUGAAGGCCAUGGAAGAACUGGGACAUUUUCAGAUUCCAGGAAUUGUGUACAGAUCCUUGCAAUAUGGGGCCGUGCAUUAUCAUGCUGAAACAUGAGGUUAUGGCGACGGAUGAAUGGCACGACAGUGGGCCUCAGGAUCUCAUCACGGUAUCUCUGUACAUUCAAAUUGCCAUCGAUAAAAUGCAAUUGUUUUCGUUGUCUGUAGCCUAUGACUGUCUAUACCAUAACCCCACCGCCACCAUGGGGCACUCUAUUUACAACCUCUCGCCCACACGACGCCAUACACGCUGUCUGCCAUCUUCCCGGUACAGUUGAAGCCAGGAUUCAUCCAGUGUGCCAGUGGCCAUCGAAGGUGAGCAUUUGCCCACUGAAGUCGGUUACGACGCCGAAGUGCAGUCAUGUCAAGACCCUGGUGAGGACGACGAGCACGCAGAUGAGUUUCCUUGUGCAGAAAUUCUUUGGUUGUUCAAGCCCACAGUUUCAUCAGCUGUCUAGGUGGCUGGUCUCAGACGAUCCCUCAGGUAAAGAAGCCGGAUGUGGAGGUCCUGGGCUGGCGUGGUUACACAUGGUCUGUGUUUGUGAGGCUGGUUGGACAUACUGCUGUGUCCCGUGUGGCUCAUUUGGUAGAGCAUGACUCUUGCAACGCCCUGGUUGUGGGUUCAAUUCCCACUGGGAAUCAUUACGGAGAAAACAAACGUAUGGAAAUGUAUGCACUCACUGGAAGUCGCUCUGGAUAAGAGCGUCUGCUAAAUUACAAAACAUUUACAAAUGUAGAAUGUACUGCCAAAUUCUCUAAAACAACGUUGGAGGCGGCUUAUGCUAGAGAAAUGAACACUCACUUCUCUGGCAACAGUUCUGGGAUCUUUUAUUUCAGCUUAUGGGAACCAACACUUUACAUGUUGCAUUUUAUAUUUGUGUUCAGUAUAAAAGGACUGAGUUAGGAAGGUGUCUUGUUAUCAAGCUGUUAUCAAAACUUCAGUAUCCAGCUGCUCAUUGAAUUGCACCGCACAACAGAUAUCUACCAGCAAAUACGUAUUCUACCUCUUCCUCCCUCCUCCCUCCCUCCGGUCUCACCUCGUUGCCCAUCGCCAAGCAACCGUUGGGUGUUCUCUUUAUUAUGCCUGCUGCUUCCUGAAGUUUCAACUCUUAACGAGGGAGAAACCAGCCACUCAGUGCUAGCUGUGUGUAAGACAUCAAUUAGCCUAAUGAGCUAAUUAAAGGAUUGGCAUGAAAGAGCCUGAUGAAUGAACCCGCUGACUGUAAUGCAGUAGUAGCAGUAGGAAUGAUUCACUAAGCCAGGGACAGGGAUAUAGACCGAAACGAAUGAUGCUGAGUGCUGCCACCCAGUGGACCCAAAGAGAAUGGCAUCAACUCAGAAUAGGAGUUUCAGAAUAAAGAAUGUGGAGUAGAGGAUUGUUGAUAUUACUGUCUUUUUCUUUCGUCAUUUUUACAACAUGGUCCUACUUGUGACAUUAUAUAUGUAAUGAAUUGACCCCAACCUCUGUCUCUGUGUGUUCAGUUUAAGGUGCGUGUUCUCAGUAAGCUGGUGUCCACGCUGAGCAGUCACAUGCCUGAGAAGGUUCCAGAAGACACCAGCAGCAUCCUGCGUUCUCCCAUGCCUGGCUCCGUGGUCUCCGUGUCCGUCAAACCUGGAGACGUGGUAAGAACGUACAUGUUACAUAGAAUCCGCAUAGAUCCGAGACACGUUACAUAUAGCAUCCCCCGUCCCCGCAGGAGGCCUUUUGCCUUUUGGUAGGCCGUCAUUGUAAAUAAGAAUUUGUUCUUAACUGACUUGCCUAGUUAAAAAUAAAAAUAAAUCCUGAACAGAGCAUUAGCAUCAUGCCAGGAACUGUGGUGGAUGUGUCUGUCAAACCUGGAGAUAAUGCGGUAAGGACAUGUGAAAUGUUACAUACAUGUUGUUGCUGGACAUUAGUUUUACAUUUACAUUUUAGUCAUUUAGCAGACGCUCUUAUCCAGAGCGACUUACAGUUAGUGAGUGCAUACAUUUUCAUAGUUGUUACAUGCAUGUUGUUGCUGGACAUUAGUUGUUACUUACACUACCAGUCAAAAGUUUGGACACACCUACUCAUUCAAGGGUUUUUCUUUAUUUUUAUUAUUUUUUACAAUACUAUGAAAUAACACAUAUGGAAUCAUGUAGUAACCCAAAAAGUGCAGUCGCAAAAACCAUCAAGCGCUAUGAUGAAACUGGCUCUCAUGAGGACAGCCACAGGAAUGGAAGACCCAGAGUUACCUCUGCUGCAGAGGAUAAGUUAAUUAGAGUUACCAGCCUCAGAAAUUGCAGCCCAAAUAAAUGCUUCACCGAGUUCAAGUAACAGACACAUCUCAACAUCAACUGUUCAGAGUGGACUGUGUGAAUCAGGCCUUACAUGGUCGAAUUGCUUCAAAGACACCACUACUAAAGGACACCAAUAAGAAGAAGAGACCUGCUUGAGCCAAGAAACACGAGCAAUGGACAUUAGACCGGUGGAAAUGUGUCGUUUUGGUCUGGAGUCCAAAUUGGAGAUUUCUGGUUCCAACCGCCUUGUCUUUGUGAGACGCAGUGUGGGUGAAGGGAUGAUCUCCGCAUGUGUAGUUCCCACCGUAAAGCAUGGAGGAGGAGGUGUUAUGGUGUGGGGGUGCUUUACUGCUGACACUGUCUGUGAUUUAUUUAGAAUUCAAGGCACACUUAACCAGCAUGGCUACCACAGCAUUCUGCAGCGAUACGCCAUCCCAUCUGGUUUGGGCUUAGUGGGACUAUCAUUUGUUUUUCAACAGUACAAUGACCCAACACACCUCCAGGCUGUGUAAGGGCUAUUUUACCAAGAAGGGGAGUGAUGGACUGCUGCAUCAGAUGACCUGGCCUCCACAAUCCCCCGAACUCAACCCAAUUGAGAUGGUUUGGGAUGAGUCGGAUUGCAGAGUUGUUACAUGUUAUAUACAUGUUGUUGCUGGACAUUAGUUGUUACAUACAUGUUGUUGCUGUACAUUAGUUGUUACAUACCUGUGUUUGCUGGACAUUUAAGUUUAUUACAUACAUGUUGUUGCUGGACAUUUAGUUGUUACAUACAUGUUGUGCUGACAUUAGUUGUUUUUUACAUCCAUGUUUUUGCUGACAUUAGUUGUUACAUAACAUGUUGUUGCUGGACUUAGUUGUUACAUACAUGUUGUUGCGGACAUAGUUGUCAUACAUGUGUGUUGCUGGGACAUUAGUUUUUACAUACAUGUUUGUUGCCGGACAUUAGUUUUUUGUUACAUACAUGUUGUUGCUGGACAUUAGUUGUUACAUACAUGUUGUUGCUGGACAUGAGUUGUUACAUACAUGUUACAUACAUGUUGUUGCUGGACAUUUCGUUGUUACAUACAUGUUGUUGCUGGACAUUAGUUGUUACAUACAUGUUGUUGCUGGACAUUAGUUGUUACAUACAUGUUGUUGCUGGACAUUAGUUGUUACAUACAUGUUGUUACAUACAUGUUGUUGCUGGACAUUUAGUUGUUACAUACAUGUUGUUGCUGGACAUUAGUUGUUACAUACAUGUUGUUGCUGGACAUUAGUUGUUACAUACAUGUUGUUGCUGGACAUUAGUUGUUACAUUACAUGUUGUUGUACAUACAAAUGUUGUUGCUGGACAUUAGUUGUUACAUACAUGUUGUUGCUGGACAUUAGUUGUUACAUACAUGUUGUUGCUGGACAUUAGUUGUUACAUACAUACAUGUUGUUGCUGGACAUUUAGUUAUUACAUACAUGUUGUUGCUGGACAUUAGUUAGUUACAUACAUGUUGUUGCUGGACAUUAGUUAUUACAUACAUGUUGUUGCUGGACAUUAGUUGUUACAUACAUGUUGUUGCUGGACAUUAGUUGUUACAUACAUAUGUUGUUGCUGGACAUUAGUUGUUACAUACAUGUUGUUGCUGGACAUUAGUUUUACAUACAUGUUGUUGCUGGACAUUAUUGUUUACUACAUACAUGUUGUUGCUGGACAUUAGUUUUACAUACAUGUUGUUGCUGGACAUUAGUUUUACAUACAUGUUGUUGCUGGACAUUAGUUGUUACAUACAUGUUGUUGCUGGACAUUAGUUGUUACAUACAUGUUGUUGUACAUAUGUUGUUGCUGGACAUUAGUUUUACAUACAUGUUGUUGCUGGACAUUAGUUGUUACAUACAUGUUGUUGCUGGACAUUAGUUGUUACAUACAUGUUGUUGCUGGACAUUAGUUGUUACACAUACAUGUUGUUGCUGGACAUUUAGUUAUUACAUACAUGUUGUUGGCUGUGACAUUAGUUGUUACAUACAUGUUGUUGCUGGACAUUUAGUUUUACAUACAUGUUGUUGCUGGACAUUAGUUGUUACAUACAUGUUGUUCUACAAGUGUUAUGUUUGCUGGACAUUAGUUGUUACAAUACAUGUUGUUGCUGGACAUUUAGUUGUUACAUACAUGUUGUUGCUGGACAUUAGUUAUUACAUACAUGUUGUUGCUGGACAUUAGUUAUUACAUACAUGUUGUUGCUGGACAUUAGUUGUUACAUACAUGUUGUUGCUGGACAUUAGUUGUUACAUACAUGUUGUUGCUGGACAUUAGUUGUUACAUACAUGUUGUUGCUGGACAUUAGUUGUUACAUACAUGUUGUUGCUGGACAUUAGUUGUUACAUACAUGUUGUUGCUGGACAUUAGUUGUUACAUACAUGUUGUUGCUGGACAUGAGUUGUUACAUACAUGUUACAUACAUGUUGUUGCUGGACAUUUCGUUGUUACAUACAUGUUGUUGCUGGACAUUAGUUGUUACAUACAUGUUGUUGCUGGACAUUAGUUGUUACAUACAUGUUGUUGCUGGGACAUAGUUGUUACAAUACAUGUGUUACAUACAUGUUGUUGCUGGACAUUUAGUUGUUACAUACAUGUUGUUGCUGGACAUUAGUUGUUACAUACAUGUUGUUGCUGGACAUUAGUUGUUACAUACAUGUUGUUGCUGGACAUUAGUUGUUACAUACAUGUUGUUACAUACAUGUUGUUGCUGGACAUUUAGUUGUUACAUACAUGUUGUUGCUGGACAUUAGUUGUUACAUACAUGUUGUUGCUGGACAUUAGUUGUUACAUACAUGUUGUUGCUGGACAUUAGUUGUUACAUACAUGUUGUUGCUGGACAUUAGUAGUUACAUAUAUGUUGUUGCUGGACAUUAGUUAUUACAUACAUGUUGUUGCUGGACAUUAGUUGUUACAUACAUGUUGUUGCUGGACAUUAGUUGUUACAUACAUGUUGUUGCUGGACAUUUUAGUUAUUACAUACAUGUGUUGCUGGACAUUAGUUAUUACAUACUGUUGUUGCUGGACAUUAGUUGUUACAUACAUACAUGUGUUGCUGGACCAUUAGUUAUUCAUACAUGUUGUUGCUGGACAUUAGUUGUUACAUACAUGUUGUGCUGGACAUUUAGUUAUUACAUACAUGUUGUUGCUGGACAUUAGUUGUUACAAUACAUGUUGUUACAUACAUGUUGUUGCUGGACAUUUAGUUGUUACAUACAUGGUUGUUGCUGGACAUUAGUUGUUACACAUACAUGUUGUUGCUGGACAUUAGUUGUUACAUACAUGUUGUUUGCUGGACAUUAGUUGUUACAUACAUACAGUUGUUGCUGGACAUUAGUUAUACAUACAUGUUGUUGCUGGACAUUAGUUGUUACAUAACAUGUUGUUGCUGGACAUUUAGUUAUUACAUACAUGUUGUUGCUGGACAUUAGUUGUUACAUACAUGUUGUUACAUACAUGUUGUUGCUGGACAUUAGUUGUUACAUACAUGUUGUUGCUGGACAUUAGUUGUUACAUACAUGUUGUUGCUGGACAUUAGUUAUUACAUACAUGUUGUUGCUGGACAUUAGUUAUUACAUACAUGUUGUUGCUGGACAUUAGUUGUUACAUACAUGUUGUUGCUGGACAUUAGUUGUUACAUACAUGUUGUUGCUGGACAUUAGUUGUUACAUACAUGUUGCUGGACAUUUAGUUAUUACAUACAUGUUGUUGCUGGACAUUAGUUGUUACAUACAUGUUGUUACAUACAUGUUGUUGCUGGACAUUUAGUUGUUACAUACAUGUUGUUGCUGGACAUUUAGUUGUUACAUACAUGUUGUUGCUGGACAUUAGUUAUUACAUACAUGUUGUUGCUGGACAUUAGUUGUUACAUACAUGUUGUUGCUGGACAUUAGUUGUUACAUACAUGUUGUUGCUGGACAUUAGUUAUUACAUACAUGUUGUUGCUGGACAUUAGUUGUUACAUACAUGUUGUUGCUGGACAUUAGUUGUUACAUACAUGUUGUUCCUGGACAUUUAGUUAUUACAUACAUGUUGUUGCUGGACAUUUAGUUAUUACAUACAUGUUGUUGCUGGACAUUAGUUAUUACAUACAUGUUGUUGCUGGACAUUAGUUGUUACAUGUUGUUGCUGGACAUUAGUUGUUACAUACAUGUUGUUGCUGGACAUUAGUUGUUACAUACAUACAUGUUGUUGCUGGACAUUAGUUAUUACAUACAUGUUGUUGCUGGACAUUAGUUGUUACAUACAUGUUGUUGCUGGACAUUUAGUUAUUACAUACAUGUUGUUGCUGGACAUUAGUUGUUACAUACAUGUUGUUACAUACAUGUUGUUGCUGGACAUUAGUUGUUACAUACAUGUUGUUGCUGGACAUUUAGUUGUUACAUACAUGUUUGUUGCUGGACAUUAGUUAUUACAUACAUGUUGUUGCUGGACAUUAGUUGUUACAUACAUGUUGUUGCUGGACAUUAGUUGUUACAUACAUGUUGUUGCUGGACAUUAGUUGUUACAUACAUGUUGCUGGACAUUUAGUUAUUACAUACAUGUUGUUGCUGGACAUUAGUUGUUACAUACAUGUUGUUACAUACAUGUUGUUGCUGGACAUUUAGUUGUUACAUACAUGUUGUUGCUGGACAUUUAGUUGUUACAUACAUGUUGUUGCUGGACAUUAGUUAUUACAUACAUGUUGUUGCUGGACAUUAGUUGUUACAUACAUGUUGUUGCUGGACAUUAGUUGUUACAUACAUGUUGUUGCUGGACAUUAGUUGUUACAUACAUGUUGUUGCUGGACAUUUAGUUAUUACAUACAUGUUGUUGCUGGACAUUUAGUUAUUACAUACAUGUUGUUGCUGGACAUUAGUUGUUACAUACAUGUUGUUGCUGGACAUUAGUUGUUACAUACAUGUUGUUGCUGGACAUUUAGUUAUUACAUACAUGUUGUUGCUGGACAUUUAGUUAUUACAUACAUGUUGUUGCUGGACAUUUAGUUAUUACAUACAUGUUGUUGCUGGACAUUAGUUAUUACAUACAUGUUGUUGCUGGACAUUAGUUGUUACAUACAUGUUGUUGCUGGACAUUAGUUAUUACAUACAUGUUGUUGCUGGACAUUAGUUGUUACAUACAUGUUGUUGCUGGACAUUUAGUUAUUACAUACAUGUUGUUGCUGGACAUUAGUUUAGCCUCCUCAUCCAUCAAUGAUUUAACCUUGUAAAUCAGCACUCAGUGAUGGAAAGGGAAUGCUGGUUUAUCAAUAUUGCAUGUGGCGUCUGGCGCCAGCUAAUGCAUACGUCUGUCUGUCUCUCUGGAGUGAGUCAUGCCUACGUCUGUCUGUCUGUCUGUCUGUCUGUCUGUCUGUCUGUCUCUGUCUCUGUCUCUGUCUCUGUCUCUGUCUCUGUCUCUGUCUGUGUGUCUGUCUGGAGUGAGUCAUGCCCACUAUAGAUGCUACAUCAUUGUAUGCAGUAAUGAUAUAUUGUUGUGUUGUUCCCCAGGUGGCUGAAGGUCAGGAGAUUUGUGUGAUCGAGGCCAUGAAGAUGCAGAACAGCUUGAUUGCUGCUAAAGCUGCCAAGGUAAGACCAAUGAACACACACCCAUUACACUAACCUACACGACAACACAAUGCACACACACACACACACACACCCAUUACACUAACCUUCACGACAACACAAUGCACACACACACACACACACACACACCCAUUACACUAACCUUCACGACAACACAAUGCACACACACACACACCCACCCAUUACACUAACCUACACGACAACACAAUGCACGCACGCACAGACACACACACACGUAUUACCACACACACACUACAUUACACAUAGUUUGUACAGUGUGAGGUGAUUGACAUCAGACCUUUCUGUGUGUUGUUUCCCUCCCAGGUGAAGAGUGUCCACUGUAAAGCAGGAGAGACUGUUGGAGAGGGAGACCUUCUGGUCCAACUGGAGUAGGAUCUGACCUACGACCUCUAACCUCUGGCCUCCCACCGCUGACCUCGCUCGCCAGGGAUUGGCUCGGAAGUCCGGCUGAAGGAAUUCUGGGACAAAGGAAUGGACAGGACACUAGUAGACUAGAUGGACGGUUCCCCAGUCUGUCCUUGUUGUUUUGUUACGGUGUUUUCAUCUUCCUGUGGUGCUAGUAGGCUCCACACUCCAGUAUUGGCUUCUGGGAUUCGCUCGUUGACAAAUUUGAGAUUCAGGGGAUUUUCCACACAAAAACACAAAAAUACAAGAUGGACGCUGUGGACCUUCUUUUGUGCCUUUAGCCUCUGAAAGGAGGAUUGACCUGUUAAAGAUGAUGAAUACUGUAGAUGUCACUUAGCUUACAUGGCACUAAUCAUGUGUAAUGUAGCUCCUCGCUAGCCUGGUCCCAGAUCUGUUUGUGCCAUCUUGCCAGGAGGUCUGGGACCAGGCUAGCUCCUCACAUUUCACUGUAUGAAACACUUGUGUAUCAGAGUUUAGAAACCUGCUCAUCGUAAAACGCUACUCCCUUGGGUGGGGUUGCUUUAGCCUUUAAAGGGUAACUCUCAACCCCAUUUUCAGCCUUUGCCCAACCCCUUGAAAUAAAACAAAAUGCAUUCAGGUGAGAAAUUGUGGGUGGGAGGAAUUGCUCAUAAAUAUUCAUUUUGGGGGUGGGUACUCGUAGUUGUACCUGAUCCCAACACUUUCUCACUAAAGUAUACUUCCCAGAAUUCCACUAGCAGAUACGGCUCUGGAAAGUUAGCUCACAUUGGUAUGCGCCGAGUUCCUGACAUCUAUUGCCACUUGCAGUGUAAGUUCGAAUCCCUUAUGGGGGGGGGGAUUUUUUUUAUUGUUUUGGGAAGAAAGUGCAAUCAUCACCUUGUAAAUGAAGAUUAGGGGCUCAAUUCAAUCCAACCCACAUUGCAGUAUUUUACACAGUAGCUCUUUUUUCGAGGUCAAAUGAACUCACAGGUUGGUCUUGGGUGCUGUAUAAAAACCUACAACUACUACCAGGGCGACCCCUCUCACGGGUAUGCUUUCACUUUUCAGAAUUAGAAGUGUGUGGGCACGGGAUGAAUAUUGGAAAUAAACGAUUUGAAAAAAAAAUUGAAAAAAGUUAUCUGCCCCAGUUGGGAUUUGAACUCACAACCAUUGCACUAUGAGCCAACUGUAGCGGACUGAGCCCACCAAUCAGUAAUAGUGGUUGGGGGAAAAUGAGUUAACAUGACCACCAUUGUUAUCUAUUUCUUGUUACGAUGGAUGUAGCUACGAAUAUACACGUAUGUUCCUUUUUCUUCUUCUUCGUAAACCUCGUUGGUGUGUAUGAAACGGUAAGCAGAAAUGUUGAAUUUGGUCGUGCGUUGAUGUGCCUUUACUGCCCUGUCGGAUUUUGCAACAUCAGCAGUCUAGUCAAGGAAGCAUCAUGCAAAAAUAUAUUGGCACACUCCACUUACCAAGACCAUUGCCAAAUAAGGCGCACCGUCACCUGCUUUUAUAGUAAACCUUAAGGUGGUACCACGCAGCACAUCUAGAAGGGAGUGUAUUUCAUACCGGAAACCCUCCCUUUGAUGACGUAGGGGCGCCUCUUCAUCACGAUUUCAAUGGUAGAGUUGAACCGCUAGGGACAAAGAGCUAAAUGUACUAUUAAAAUACCUAAAUAUAUCACUUUUGCAACAAACUGUCAAAAUGAAGACCAAGAUUGACAGGUUUCACUAUAACUAAACCUAAAACAUCUGUUUUUUUGUCUUGAAAGUUAAUCUUUAAAUACUGUAGGGACUGGUAGAGGGGUUGGACAUACUGUAGGGACUGGUAGAGGGGUUGGACAUACUGUAGGGACUGGUAGAGGGGUUGGACAUACUGUAGGGACUGGUAGAAGGGGUUGGACAUACUGUAGGGACUGGUAGAGGGGUUGGACAUACUGUAGGGACUGGUAGAGGGGUUGGACAUACUGUAGGGACUGGUACAGGGGUUGAAAGUACUGUAGGGACUGGUAGAGGGGUUGGACAUACUGUAGGGACUGGUAGAAGGGUUGGACAUACUGUAGGGACUGGUAGAGGGGUUGAAUGUACUGUAGGGACUGGUAGAGGGGUUGGACAUACUGUAGGGACUGGUAGAGGGGUUGGACAUACUGUAGGGACUGGUAGAGGGGUUGGACAUACUGUAGGGACUGGUAGAGGGGUUGGACAUACUGUAGGGACUGGUAGAGGGGUUGGACAUACUGUAGGGACUGGUAGAGGGGUUGGACAUACUGUAGGGACUGGUAGAGGGGUUGGACAUACUGUAGGGACUGGUAGAAGGGUUGGACAUACUGUAGGGACUGGUACAGGGGUUGAAAGUACUGUAGGGACUGGUAGAGGGGUUGGACAUACUGUAGGGACUGGUAGAGGGGUUGGACAUACUGUAGGGACUGGUAGAGGGGUUGGACAUACUGUAGGGACUGGUAGAGGGGUUGGACAUACUGUAGGGAAAGGAGUCAGAGUGAAAAUAUGUUAUUUGUUCAUUCAUUUUACAAUGUUACUCAGAUCCCCUCGUCUGAUCUAUACCACUAAGAACUCACAACGUUCACCUCGAUUUUCCCAAAUGAAGUGACUGUAUAAUCAAUCUCUCUCCCCACACACACACUCUCCCUCAUACACCCCAUUGGACAUUAUAGAUUGGUUUUGGCUGUAUAUUGCCUGUGGCUGUGUCCCAAAUGGCACUCUAUGGGUCCUGGUCAAAAGUAGUGCACUUCAUAGGGAAUAGGGUGUCAUUUGGGAUGCAGGUUGUCACAGUGUGUGGUGCUUCGAUCCCAUAUUGAGGAUGCUGAAUGUACUCUAAUGGUGGAACCCCCGACCAGAACAGGACCUAUGAUUCUGUGCGAUUAUCAUUACCCAGGGGUUACUUUAUUUCCACAAAGGACCCGAGAGGAAAGCAUAUCCUAUUAUAGUGUGCAUUUUCGCCUUUAGAGACUUGUUUGCUUUAGAGUUUAAAAUGUGUAUUUUAUCUGAUUACCUAGCCUGAGUCCCAGAUCUGUUUGUGCUGUAAAGCCAACUCCUAUUGACAUCAUGUCAUUUGGAGUUGGCAAAACAGUACAAACAAAUCUGGGACUCAGGCUACUGAUUACCUACUGUUGAAGGGAGAAGAGUUUGAGAUAGCCCUGGCCCAAAGUAGUGCACUAUACAGGGAUUAGAUUGGCCCCUUGGUGUCAAAGUUCAAAGGUCAGGACUCUGAAUGAGACUCGAGGCUUUAAGGAAUGUUAACCCUAAAAUGGCCUUCCUCUGUAGAUGGACAACUCUAAGUCAUACACUACCGUUCAAAAGUUUGGGGUCACUUGGGGUCAAAUGUCCUUGUUUUUUGAAAGAACAUAGUUUUUUUUAUCCAUUAAAAUAACAUCAAAUUGAUCAGAAAUAUAGUGUAGACAUUGUUAAUGUUGUAAGUGGCUAUUGUAGCUGGAAACGGCAGAUUUUUUAUGGAAUAUCUAUAUAGGCGUACAGAGGCCCAUUAUCAGCAACCAUCAGUCCUGUGUUCCAAUGGCACGUUGUGUUUGCUAAUCCAAGUGUAUCAUUUUAAAAGGCUAAUUGAUCAUUAGAAAACCCUUUUGCAAUUAUGUUAGCACAGCUGAAAACUGUUGUGCUGAUUAAAGAAGCAAUAAAACUGGCCUUCUUAAGACUAGUUGAGUACAGGAUCAAAAUGGCAAGAAACAAAUAGCUUUCUUCUGAAACUCGUCAGUCUAUCCUAUUCCGUGCGAGAAAUUGCCAAGAAACUGAAGAUCUCGUACAACGCUGUGUACUACUCCCUUCACAGAACAGCGCAAACUGGCUCUAACCAGAAUAGAAAGAGGAGUGCGAGGCCCCGGUGCACAACUGAGCAAGAGGACAAAUACAUUAGAGUGUCUAGUUUGAUAAACAGACGCCUCACAGGUCCUCAACUGGCAGCUUCAUUAAAUAGUACCUGCAAAACACCAGUCUCAACGUCAACAGUGAAGAGGCGACUCCGGAUCGACCCUAGCGAGUUGCAAAGAAAAGCUAUAUCUCGACUGGCCAAUAAAUAAAUAUAAGAUGGGCAUCUAGAUGCUUUCUUUGCAGAAUAACUACGAGUUCAGAAAAAUUUUGUUUCUGCCAUUUGACCUGUACAACACAUUGCUGAUGCUCCAAUACUCAUAGUCCAAGAGGCCAUUUAUUGUCUUAUACAUCAGCCUGCUACAUAUUCAAAGGGUUUUCUAAUGAUCAAGCCUUAAAAAGAUAAACUUGGUUACAACACAAUGUCCAUUGAAACAGACUGACUGAUAUGGCCUCUGUAGUCUAUUAGAUAUUCCUAAAAAACACCGUUUCCGCUACAUACCAUUUACAACAUUAACAAUGUCUACACUGUAUUUCUGAUCAAUUUGAUGUUAUUUUAAUGGACAAAAAAAGUACUUUUUCUUUCGAAAACAAGGACAUUUCUAAGUGACCCCAAACUUUUGAACGGUAGUGUAUGUUUGUACAGAAGAGAGAGGCUUUGAGUCAAAUCCAUUUCAACCUGCUCACUGUGUUCUACUAGAGAUAAAUCCUAAUUUAAUCUUUGUUUCUUAUGCUGGGAAGAUGUAGAGCUCUAUAUGAAUGAAACUUCAUCUAAGGUUGCAUCCCAAAUAGCAACCUAUUCCCUGUAUAAUACACUAGUUUUGACCUGGGCCCAUUGGGUUCUGGUCAAAAGUAGUGCACUAUGUAGGGAAUAUGGUGCCAUUUGUGACGCAACGUGAAUAAUCAUUGUGAACAGCUAAUGUAAGAAGGUAUUAGAGUUAUGGACUGUCACUGUACUGAACUGUGCUCCUGUCCGUCAUCAUAGUAAUUAGAAAGGUCUAUUUAUCCUGACUGUGAGGACUGCAUCUUCCUCAUGAGUGUUGCUCCAGGCUAGAUAGUAAAUCACAUCAGAUCAGAUCAGUGGCAUCUAUCAGAGUCAUAUAUAUAUAUAGAAAUGGCUCUGCCUCACACAUCCUUCCUGCUACAUCAGACCACCACACACACAUCUAUAAAUCUAUUUUUAUUACAUCAAGGUUGUCAAAACACAGGAAAGCAAAUCUCUCUCUCUGCCCUCCACCGCUCCACUGCUCCAUCCUCACCCCCUCACCCACACUCUACCCCUCACCCACACUCUACCCCCUCACCCAUCCUCUCCCCCCUCGCUCCCUCAUCUUUCUGUCCAAGGCAGCAUUGAGUCCCUUCAUGUACAUUUCUCUGUGAAGCAGCAGCAACGUCUCCAAGUCCUCCAUUCAAACUCCCAAACGAGGCCACACACCUCUCUGUCUCUCUCGUUGUUGUAAUGUAACAAAAAGUUAGGCCUCAGUUGAAGCCUCAGACCGUAGUGACUCUCAUGACCAGCUCCCGGCUGCUGUUGCUGGGCUGCGGAGGCUGGGGCUGGACCUGAGUGGCGCGGGGCUCCUGCUGCGUCGUCCAGAGGUGCUGGGUGAGCAGGUGGAGGAUGUUGUACGCACAGUGGUGGUCCGGCAGGGAUGGUGGCCCCCCGUGGCUCUGCUCCGACAUUGA